CGCGUGAAUCAUACGUCUGCCGGCAGUGCUCUGCAAGGGAGAAGAAGAACGGUUUCAUCAUUGUUUGAAAUAAUUUAUGCUUAAAUUGAACAAGUGUCGUUUGUGGCGCUUAGCUGGCAACUGGAGCAGAACUAUGGGCAGCAAACAGGCGCAGAAUGAGGACAACAAACUAGACACAUUUCGCCACAUUUGCGAUGAAAUUGCGGGCGAGUCGAGUUAUUUGCGAAAAGUUGAGAAACUGGAACACUUCUUCAAGAAGGGCAGCAGCGGCUCGGGCUUCCAAGGCGACACUCUGCAGUGGGUGCAGUUCCUUAUACCGGGCGCUACGCAACGCGUCUACAAUUUGCAAAACAAAGCGUUGCUAAAGUUAUUUGCUCGCAUUCUGCAUGUUGAUCAACAGCAAAUGAAUCUGGACCUGGAGCAGGAUGGUGAUAUUUCGGAGACGCUACGCAAACACUUUGCCGGCUCGAGCAAACUGAAGCCGCAGGCACAAAGCAAGCUCUACUUGCAUGAAGUGGAAACGCUUCUCUGCCAACUGGAGCAGCGUACCAAGGAGGAUGAGCAAACAGAGGUGCUGCACGCGUUGUGUAAGCAGGCAACAGAUCUGGACUUGCGCACGUUCAUCCGGCUCAUUAAACAGGAUCUGCGCAUUAAUGCACGAGCCAGACACAUACUGGACGCAUUUGGGCCGCAGGCCUAUCCAGCGUAUCAAUCCUCUCGCGAUCUAACGGCCAUUGUGGAGAACUUUGCUGGCAGCCAGGAUACAUCCACGGCUCCCAAAACUCCUGCAAAGGCAGCCGGUGGUAAGAAGAUGAAGGUGGCAUCAAGCGGUAUACAAGUAAUGACGCCUGUUUCACCCAUGCUGGCCAAUGCCUGCAAGUCUGUGGAGGAGGCAUUCAAGAAGAAUCCUGACGGAUUGUACAGCGAAAUUAAAUACGAUGGAGAAAGAGUGCAAAUACACAAGCAGGGCGAUGAAUUCAAGUUCUUCAGUCGCAAUCUCAAACCUGUGAUGGAUCACAAAAUCAAAGAUCUAAAGGAUUAUAUACCUCGUGCCUUUCCCGGUGCCGACGAUAUGAUACUCGACUCAGAAAUCAUACUGGUGGACACCGAGACAGGAAGCUUGCUUCCCUUUGGCACGCUUGGCGCGCACAAAAAGCACACAUUUGAGAAUGCCUCGGUGUGUCUCUUUGUCUUCGAUUGCUUGCUCUACGAUGGUGAUGAUCUGACACAGGUUGAAUUUCGUAAGCGUCGCGAGAUUCUGGAGAAAAACAUUAAGCCAAUCAAAUCUCAUGUACAGUUGUCCGAAUCGGAGUUUCUAAAGACCAAGAAAGAGUUGGCCCUGAUGACGGCCAAGGUGCUGCAAGCCAAUCUGGAGGGUGUUGUUCUGAAGAAUCCCGCUGGCACCUAUCAGCCGGGCAAACGGAAUUGGCUUAAAGUGAAAAAAGAUUAUCUUUUUGGUGGCAAAAUGGCCGACACGGCGGAUUUGGUUGUGCUGGGCGCGUGGUAUGGCUCUGGAAAAAAGGGCGGUGUGCUUAGCAUUUUUCUGAUGGGCUGCUUUGAUGCACGCGAUCAUCUUUGGAAGACAGUUACCAAGGUACACUCUGGCCUCGAUGAUGUCACCAACGAUGAUGUACACGAAGCACUGAUGAAGCUUACAGAUCGCGCCGAUGCCAACAAGAUUCCCAGCUGGUUACUUUGCAAGAAAGCACUCGUACCCGAUGUACUGGCUAAGGUGCCAGAGCAAAUGCCCGUGUGGGAGAUCACGGGCGCCGAAUUCACGCAAUCCGAGGCACACACAGCAGCUGGCAUCUCCAUACGCUUUCCACGCAUCACCCGACUGCGCAGCGAUAAAAGCGCAAUGCAAGCAAAUGAUUUGGAGCACCUGGAACAACUUUAUGCCGCCUCCAAGCAAAACGUGAAUGUGGAUCUGCUAUUGGCUAACAGUGAGCCGGAUAGUAAUGAUACUUUGGAGAACAAACUUAAGGUAGAGAAGACGCCGACAAAGAGCAAAACAAUUAAAGCAUCACUAACAAGCAGCAGCAAAAAGGCAAAGAGAUCGAAAAAUGACACUGAUGAUGAAGAAGCAGCGCCUUCAAAAGGACGUAGCACACGAAAAAUGUCUAAGUUAGAAGCACCAUCGUCCGCAUCACAAGGAAAUCUGAAAGAUUUCUUCAAGCCCAAAGCGAUAAAAACGGAAGUAAAAAAUGAGCCCACAUCCAAUUCCAGCAAAUCUCCGGAGCUACUUAAAAGCGAGAGUAGUAAAUUGUUUAGUGGUCUUCUGGCAAACUUUUCUGUUGAUGCAGCCCAGAGCAAAUACAUGGAUGAGUUUGUGCGUCAUGGUGGCACAUUGACAAUGAAUACACAAAAGGCUUCCUUGGUAUUUCAUGAUGUAACCAGAAGUGUGGAUUUAACGCAGCUGAGGCCCCUCUACCAUCGCAGCUGUCGUCAUCUCAGUGUAAAAUGGCUGGAAACAUCAAUACGGGCCAAGACUUUGCAGCCUUAUCCACUCUAUGCCUUAAUAUUGAAAUCGUAGCCAAAAUUAUAUAUGAUUAGUGCUUCAAUGUUUUUGAUAACCUGCCUGCAACGAUUCUCUUUCAACUUAUAAAUAAGAAUGUACAUUUUUGUUGAAUGUUAAUAAUUUUUAAAAGCAAUGUAUUGUAGCAAUAUUUUUUAAAUUAUAUUCUUGCUUUUAUUUAAAUCUGUGAUCCAUGAGGAUGAUAUCACCUUUUUCGUUGUCAGCAGCACACAAUUUUAUGCUGAAAAAUUUAAAACUAAAAAAAUAAUUUAGAUGUGCAGUGUAGAAUGUAAACCUCAAGUGCAUAGAAUGUAAACCUCAAGUGACCUGUUAUACGUCAAACAAUUGGGACUGUUUAAUCAUGUCCGUAUCUACUUUGAUACAGCCAUGCAAUACACGCAAAAUAUAUAUGAA